AUGGUGGUGCAGGCUUCAAACGUGAUCAAGACGGCGGCGCAAGCUCGAGGAUGGGGCUUCCGCAAAUGUCCAUGCGAUAGCGAGUCUCGUUGGGGCAUGGAACCUGCUGACAAAAUCACAGGCAUUAGCGUUGGCGCCGCUUCAUGCGUAAACUCCAUUAAGAUAACCUUCGAGAUAGACGGCACCACUCGCGUAACUCAUAUGGAGGCUCCGACGGUGAACUAUUCCAGGCAUGCCUCUCCAACUUCAAUCGAUAUUACUCUCAUGCAAGAUGAAUACCUCACCUCUGUUUCUGGGUAUGUCAAACACAUCUGUUCGGACCUUCCUUGCAUAUCUCAACUCAUGUUUGGCACCAAUCUUGGAAGGACACAUGGUCCAUAUGGAGGUGGGGGUGGAACCUUUUUCGAAGUAAACGUAGAAUAUGACGACAUCAAAGGCUUCUUUGGAUUUGCAACUACCGAGCAUCUCACUGUAUUUGGAGUCUACGUGAUGCUGGCUUAG